AUGGACAAUCAACACAAAUACGCCGUGAUUAUUUUCCGGAGUACUGGUCUGGAUAACGCGCGCCAUAUUGCGUUUUCUCAACAACUCGGCGAGAAGUUGGAGAUUAAUCCCUUUUUUUAUGGAAUCGAAAAAGAUCGUCUCAGGGAGCCGUUCUUGUGGGAUGUUGGAAAUAUCGAGCUGGACGGAUCGCUCGUCAAAAAGGACAGUCGACGAUGGCAUCACAGUCUGGGAAAUGCCUUGUGGCAUACUGACUCAUCAUACCACCAACAGCGCUCCAAAUACUCCAUACUCCUCUCCCACGGCAACCCCUCCAAGGGCGGCUCGUGGACGCAUUUCGCCGAUACCCGUCGAGCGUAUGCCGACCUGCCACAGGAGAAAAAGGACGAACUUGAGAAUCUGAUUGUCGAGCAUGACCUGUGGCAUUCCCGCAAACUCGCCUCGCCUCAAGUCUACGGCAACCCGCUCCCGCACGAACUCGCCGCGAAACCCCCCGCGCAUCAUCGUCUCGUGCAAGUCGCCCCCGACGGCCGCAAGACGCUGUAUCUCGCUGCUCAUGCGAAGCUGAUACUGGGUCGCUCGCUCGAGGACAGUCAGAAGCUUCUGUGGGAGUUGAUUGAGCAUUGUACGCAGCCAAAGUAUGUAUUCAGCAUGGAGUGGCUUUCCGGCGGAGACAUGGUCUGGUGGGAUAACCGGCAAUCAAUGCAUCGCGCGAAUACAUACACGGAAAGCAUGACGGCGCGAGAUGUGCGGCGGACAACCAUCAUCGACGACGGGCCGUUGGCGUACGGCGUGUCGUUGGAAGACAAGCUUGCGGCGGGUUGGGUUCCGCCGGAGAUUGAGGGCGUAGAUGAUGCUUAA